AUGACACCGGUUGUUGUAGCUCGAAAUAAGCAAGAACGAGUUCUCAUAGAACCUUCUAUAAACUCUGUAAGAGUGUCAAUUUCGAUAAAGCAAUCGGAUGAAAUCGAACGUAUACUUUGUCAUAAAUUUACGCGAUUUAUGUGUCAGCGAGCCGACAGCUUCUUCGUUCUGAGACGUAAACCUCUACCCGUUGGUGAGCUCAUAAGUUUCUUUUGCUUACCGUCUUUAAUCGAUAUGACAUCUCAUUUCUUAAUCACAGCAUCCCAUACGGAAACUAUGUACAAACAUAAGCUAGUGGAUUUCCUACUUCAUUUCAUGCAAGAAAUCGAUAAGGAAAUUAGCGACAUGAAAUUGGCGUUAAAUGCAAGAGCACGUGUUUCUGCUGAGGAAUUCUUGAAGCGUUUCAAUUAG